UUUAUGUCCCUAUAAAGUUAACAAAUUAUCCAAACUAACAAUCAACUACGAGCAUAGCAUUUUCUCGAACUCACAUACUCAUUUCGCACAUCAUCCACAUCCUUCCCCGGUCUCCUCAUCCCGCCACCACCAACGACGGCGCCGAUUUCAUAUCAACGAUUUUUCCACCGCUCCCGAUCAAUCCGAAACCCUAAUUUAGAAUUAACAGAUUCAAAAACAGAUCAAAUUAAGCUUAAAUUUGUAAGAAGUGAAAGAGUGUGAUGAAGAGGCUAUUGGAAUUUGGGAAGAAAGCAAUGUUCUAUGUUAGGGUUCUUUCUGGUUAUGAAGAGCGUCGCAUUCGAUCUUACAGAUUGCAGCUUGAGCAGCGUCUUCGAUCUGCACAAGAAAAAAAAAGAGGCCUCAAGAAAGAUCCCUGAACAAAUUAUGCUGUCUGAAAUUCGAAAAAUGGUGGAAGAAAUGCAAAAUGUAAAUAAGAGGUUAGAAGAGAUGGAAGGUGAUAUUAAUGAGUAUUUCAAGCCAAUUGACAAAGAAGUGGGAGUUCUUAUGGAUAUGCAGAUGGAGAAAGAGAAAGCAAAGAUGGAAAUGAUGGGUUCCAUGUAUAAACAAGCUCUGAUUGAGAAAGCUGAAACACAGGCAGCUGGAGAUGUAAACAGUGCUAACCAAACGAAUAUGGAAACAAUGAGUGCCAUGUUCAAACAGGCUCUGCUUGAGAAAGCUGAAGCAGAGGUGGCCGCUGAAAUGAAGAAGUCACAAAAAGAACAAAAUCUUCCUCUCUCUAAACAAGUUCAACAGAUUGGCGAAAGUUCAUCAAAUUCAUCACGAUAUUUUCACAGAUUUUGGAUUAAUUAUUGGGAUCUGUUCACCGGCGAGGUUAGGGUUGGCUGGGUAGAGAAAGGUUAGGUGGCGGCUAGGGUAGCGACGGCGGCGAAUUUGGUGGCUGGGAAGAGGAAAAGGGUGGUGGUGGUUUUUCCUUUUCCUUUUUUUUUUAAUUUUAUUAUUUCUAGAUUUUAUAUAGUUCACUAUGUUCUAAGCAAAAGCAAAUUUAGAACAUAGCUAUGUUCUAAACAAAUUUAGAACAUAAAGUAAUUUACUACGUUCUAAGCAAAUCAAAUUUAGAACAUAAUUCACUAUGUUAUAAGGAAAUUUAGAACAUAAAGUAAUUCAUUAUGUUCUAAAAUAAUUCAAGAUGUUCUAAAGUUUUCCUUCUAUGUUCUAAAAUUUUCCAUCUAUGUUAUAAAGUUUACUCUUUGUGUUCUAAAGUAAUUCACUGUGUUCUAAAGUAAUUCAUUAUAUUCUAAACUAUUAUUUAACUAUCUUAGCAUGUUCUAAACUUUUAUUUAGCAUAUAUUAAGUUUACUCUUUAUGUUCUAAAGUAAUUCAUUGUGUUCUAAAGUAGACAAUCUUAGCAUGUUUGUCAAAGCUUGUUUAAUUAGCACUAGUCUUAACUUGGGAUAACUUUUGCUUUAAAGGACUACUAAUGAUAGAUUGAUUAUAUAGCCAAUAUAAUGAACCCACCUUAAUGCAAGUAAUCGAUCAUCAAAUUACAAUAAACGAUGCUAAAGAUAGUGUUUAGAAGUGCAAAAGGAUAUGAUUAAACAAAAAAAAAUUACUUUUGUGAUUAUCUCAUAUAGUUGUUAGUAGUUUUUCCUCUAGUUCAAGUGUUUUAUAUACAUUAGCCUACUAGCUCAACGGGUAGA